CUUUUUAUUACUCCGAUGAUAUAUCAAGGAAAGGUUAUCUGCUCCUUCCAAAUUCUAACCUUUAUAAAGUAACGGAUACGUCGGAUACGCGUGCCACGCUGAAACACGUUUGUGAUGUUAUCUUUAAAUAAUAUUAAGUUGAUUAAUUUUGUAAAGUAUUCUGCGUGGAAAUUCUGUACAGAUAAUACGUAUUGUCAUUUAAGAACCUAUCGCUAUAGGUAUAAACUAAUGGCUCUCUUUUAUUCGACGAAAUGCGACAUGAAAGAGAAUGGAAUUCAAUCGUCUCUCGAUCCCAAAGUCGAGGCACUACGAGAGAAAUUGAUAUAUUGCGACUAUUUAGAUUAUCAUAAGGUGAAACUAAGUUACAUGAAGCGUCUCCUAUGGGAGAAGAAAGCUAAGAAUUUUGCAAAUAAAGUACGAAAUAAUGAGCUUACAAACGUACCUGUCUACAGCGUACUUUUGGAUGAGAGAAAUGAAGAAAACGACGACAGUCACUUGGAACAAAAAUAUAUAAAUGCAGAAGAAGAUACAACCAAACCUACCAUACAUAUGCCAUAUGCGAGUAUAGAUUCAUACAGUAAUGUAGACACAUUUUCUAAAAUGGAUGAACAUACUUCUGAUAUAAUGUCGUUGAACGACAAGUAUAUGACUCUAUAUGAAGAAUAUUUAAUGGAGAUGAAUGAGAAAAAAGAAGAAUUGAAAAAAAAAGAAUUCAAUUUACAGAAGUACUUAGGAGAAAGAGAUACGUAUGAGAAAGAUUUUCCAUCAAAUGUUCCAUCUAAUUGGAUGGUCGACGUUGAGCAAUAUGAUGAUGCUUUACAGGACAAUACCUGGCCCGAUGAUUACGGAACUCCUGAUCCAAACUCUAAUAUUAGUUCUGUACCAUGUGGUGGAUGUGGAGCUUUGUUGCAUUGUAAGGAUCCUGCUCUACCAGGUUACUUACCUUCACAGUUGUUUUAUGCUUGUUGCCCGCCGCUCCAGGAACGUCGAGAAUUGCGAGUUAUGAUUUGUAAAAGAUGCCAUUUUAUGCAUUAUUAUAACAUCAUGUUAGAAGUAAAAGUAUCUGCGGACGAAUACCCAAAGCUUUUAGAAGUGAUAAAAACAAAAAAGUGUGCUGUCAUUCUGAUGGUCGAUCUUACAGAUUUUCCAUGUAGCAUAUGGCCUGAAAUAAAUAGUGUGCUGCAUCAUAUGACACCAGUAUUCGUCGUAGGGAAUAAAGUAGAUUUGCUGCCUCAAGAUUCGAAAGAUUUUUUUACUCAUGUUAAAGAUUGUCUGUUGAAGGCUGUAGAAAGUACAAAAAUCAAGAAGAAGAAUAUCAGACAUGUAGAACUUAUAUCAGCGAAAACAGGCUAUGGUAUAGAAAAACUUAUAAAUAAGUUACAUAACAUCUGGAAAUAUAAAGGAGACGUUUAUGUUAUCGGAUGCACAAACGUUGGUAAAUCCUCUCUAUUCAAUGCUCUUCUACAGUCCGAUUAUUGCAAAGUACAGGCUGUGGAUCUUAUACGACGUGCAACUAUUUCUCCUUGGCCAGGCACAACAUUGAAUUUGUUGAAAUUUCCUAUUCUAAAUCCUAAAAGAAACCGACUUUAUUUGAGAACAUUGCGAUUAAAAACAGAACAGCAAGAAAAGUAUGUUGAAGAAAAAUAUCGAAGCAGUCAAUUCAAAAUGACACGUAAUUUAAAGUACGCCACAUUGCAAGAUCAUAUAGGCAGAACAUUUCAAAAUAAUUUAUUGAGAAGAAAACCUAAUAGGCAAAUCGUAUUUAAUGAGAAUCAGGAAAUAUAUAAAUUCAGCAACUGGUGUUAUGAUACUCCUGGCACCAUUCAACCAGAUCAGAUAUUGGAUUUGCUGACAAUGCAGGAACUUUUGUCGGUUUUACCGAAGAAAAUAAUCUCGCCUAGAACUUUCAUUCUAUAUGUAAAUCAAACGAUAUUUUUGGGUGGAAUAGGAAGAUUGGAUUACGUAGAAGGCGAUACUUUUAUUAGGUGUACAAUAUUUUCAAGUAGCGAAUUACCGAUAACUGUAACUUAUACUGAGGAUGCGGAUAAUGUAUACAACGAGUUACUUAAAACGGAAGCGUUUGUCGUACCUGAAAAUAAUCCAGACCGAUUAAAACAUUGGCCACCUUUAGUAUCUAAGGAGAUGGAAAUUACUGGUGUUGGUCGGAACGAAUCAAUCUCCGACAUUGUUUUAUCUAGUGCGGGAUGGAUCGCAAUUGCUGCUGAAAAAGCUGAGCGUGUUUUAUUGAAAGCUUGGAAUCCACAAGGUCGCGGCUUAUACCUAAGAACACCGGCACUUUUGAGGAAAUCUGUUACUCUACGUGGCAAUCGAAUUUCAGGUACACCGACAUACAAAAGCGGACGUCAAGUAUAUAGCAAAUAAAUAUUUUUUUUACACAUGUAUAUUGUACAUCUAAAUGUAUUCUCGCUUUACAUAUAAAUUCCCUAACAUUUAUAUAUAUAC